AUGCAGAUCUUCCAAGCUCUCCGAGGCCUCAACCAUGAUCAGACCCUCAUCAGACCUGGCGCCACACGAGCGUUGAAGAUGACGUCACGAGCCACGCGAGGCCUGAAAAUGACGUCAUUGUUCAAUGACUCUUUCAGGCCGGACCCUCUGGACUACCAUCUCUUGAUGCCAGAGUGGGCAUACACCAUAUCUGCCUUCGCUCUAUUUCUGAUCGGAUUCUUCGGGUUCUUUCUCAAUCUCAUGGUGAUACUCCUCAUGUGCAAAGACCGGCAGUUAUGGACACCGCUGAACAUCAUCCUAUUCAACCUGGUGUGCGCUGACUUCUCCGUGUCGAUCCUGGGCAACCCUUUCACGCUGGUCUCCGCACUCUUCCACCGCUGGGUCUUCGGGAAGACCAUGUGUGUCCUCUACGGUUUCUUCAUGGCUCUGCUAGGCAUAACGUCAAUAACAUCGUUAACGGUCAUCUCGUUCGAGCGGUAUCUGAUGGUGACUCGACCGCUCAGCUGCCGCCACCUGACCCCUCGGGGGGCAUUGCUCUCCAUCCUGUUCAUCUGGAGCUACUCCCUCGCCCUGACCACCCCCCCGCUCAUGGGCUGGGGGAACUAUGUCAACGAAGCUGCUAAUAUCAGUUGUUCAGUGAACUGGCAUGAGCAGUCGACCAACUCUCUCACGUACAUCCUGUUCCUGUUCGCGAUGGGCCAGAUCUUCCCUUUCGCCGUCAUCUCCUUCAGCUACGCCAACAUCAUCUACACCAUGAAAAAGAACUCUCAGCGGCUGGGCCGCGUAAACCGCGCGGAAGCUCGUGCCACCGCCAUGGUCUUCCUGAUGAUCGUCGCGUUCACCGUGGCGUGGACACCCUACUCCAUCUUCGCGCUCAUCGAGCAGUUCGGCACACAGGGCACUAUAUCACCAGGUGCAGGCGUGAUACCAGCGCUCGUCGCCAAGAGUUCCAUCUGCUAUGAUCCUCUCAUCUACGUCGGAAUGAAUACACAAUUCCGACAAUCCAUCAAACGCCUCUUCGGCAUCCACACGAAGGACAGGACCUCAUUAGCAGAACGCCGUCACAACCAGACCAUGACCUCUCCUGGCCCCAGGAUGACCAGCAUCAACGACAUAAUCUCCAAUCACGAGAAGAAGAGCAGAAAAGUCAGAAUAGCCGAAGAGAUAAUGGUAUCAGAAGUAAAUAACGUUGAAAUCUAUCGGCCGUUGCCAGCGAAGACAGACUUGAGUACCAUUCAGGAGAGCCGACCGACUUCUGAUAAUGAAAGGUCUGGGGAGACGACUUAUGAUGAAGACCGUAGCAGUAGCAGUGGAGGUAAGAAACAGGAUCUGGCAUCACAAGCGCUGCUAGAUUCUCCCGUUUUGACUGUAAUGAAUCCUGAACGAACAAUCUUCACCAGAAACGGUUCUGCAACCGAUAAUGUUACAUACUCAACUUAUGGCAAUCCAGCAUACGAAGAACAUGCUAGUGAUGUUACUGAUAAUGUAGGCAAAGUUUCCAACAUGUCGCAUAGUUAUUCCUUGGAUUUAAGUGAACCCAAAGGCACAGCGAGGAGAAAGCUGUCUGUAGAAGCAAAGUACGACGUCGUUUUACAUUCUAAAGGGUUCCUUAAAGAUUCUGCUGUUUGCAAAUUCUUUGACCAAAGCUGUUCAGGACAUGAUAGCUUCAAAAGUUAUCUCUGCCCAGUAAACAGCAGUAGUGACGGAGACAUUUUAUAA